AAAAAUUGAUUAAUAUUGAAAUAAAAAUUGUAUGACAAUAAUUUUUUUAUUAAUAAAAAAUCGAUUCAUAAACUUUUUGAAAAUGAAAAUCUCAAUUAUACUUAAUAUUCAAGUGUACUUGUAUAUAUUUAUCACUUUUUGGAAUACUGAAGGAACACCUCAUAAAAAAGCACACGUCGAUAUAAUAACGAAGUUACUACAUCAACCCGGAUGGAAAAAUAUAAAUGAUGUCGAGUAUAUUAUUUACAGGCGCAAUGUGUUUACAUUGAACGAUGUGAUUAAUAAACCUGUAACAUUAAAUAACUGUGACAAUAUUAUACGUAAUGCUACAAUAUUCCUUGGAUGUUCUUACGCUAAUGAUUUACAUACAAUAUUCUAUACAUUUUACAAUUUUCAAGAAUAUUGUUUCAUGCUACUUAAUUCUGGUAAAAUUAGUGCACACAAUUGUACAGUCAAAAUUUUAGAAAAAAUGAUUGAAUUUGUCACGCUGGCAAAAUUUAUGAAAGGAGCAUUAUAAUGUAUAGAAAAAUAUCACAAAAGCCCUUUGAACACCCUAAUAAACAAUCUAUUUCCUUUAAAUAAAGUUCUUACAAAUUUACAGAAAAAUGAAUCGUUGAAGAAAUUGAUUAUAUUGGAAAACAAUAAGGAGUCAAUUAAAACUGCGUUAAUAACUAUCACGAAUAUUUUACAAAAAAACGAUUAUGUACUCAAAAAAAAAUUAUCAUUAUGUAAAAUAAAACAAAUAGAUUUGAGUUCUUUGUGGAAUUUUUGGAUAAACGAAUUUGUAACACUGAACAGUCAAAGAAAAGACGAAGAACUUAUCAUUUUUCUAAGUGAUAAAAUGAGCAAUUUAUUUCAAAGGAUAAUCUGGAAUAAGUAUGAUACACUUGGAUUUAAGUAUGAUUCGAACACAAGUGAAACAUUUUUACCUGCCCUAUCUCCAACGAAUGACAAGCAAGAUAUCGCAGAAAAUUCUUCUAAAAAUUUGAUACAACACACCAAUGAAGAAGAUUUGUUAGAAAAUGUACAACUAGAAUAUAUCGCAGAGAAUUCUUCUAAAAAUAUGAUACAACCCACCAAUGAAGAAUAUUUUAUGGAAAAUGUAGAACAAGAAUAUAUUGCACAAAGUCCUUCUAUAAGUUUAAUAAGAAAUAACAAUGAUAUAGAUGAUCUUGAAGUAAUGCUUCAAGAAUGUAUAAAUUGUAUUAUCUAUUACUGAAUUUUUAUUAUUAGUAUAAUUAACUUUUAGUUAAACUAACAAACAAAUACAUUUUUUUUUUUUGAUUAUACACUAUUUAAAUUAAAUUUUAAUUUAAUAUGUGAUAAAAUGUCAUUGAAUAGAAUAUGGGUAAGUUAUGUGGAUUAAAGAGUAUUAAUAAUUUUGAACCAUAACUAAUUACUUAAAUGAAAUUUAUUUUAAGUAGCUAAAUAAG